AUGAUCCGCGUCGUGGAUGUAUAUCAGUAUACUGUGAGAAGGGUUGUAGGUGUAUACCAGUAUACUGUGAGAAGGGUUGUAGGUGUAUACCAGUAUACUGUGAGAAGGGUUGUAGGUGUAUAUCAGUAUACUGUGAAAAAGGUUGUAGGUGUAUAUCAGUAUACUGUGAGAAGGGUUGUAUGUGUAUAUCAGUAUACUGUGAGAAGGGUUGUAGGUGUAUAUCAGUAUACUGUGAGAAGGGUUGUAGGUGUAUAUCAGUAUACUGUGAGAAAGGUUGUAGGUGUAUAUCAGUAUACUGUGAGAAGGGUUGUAGGUGUAUAUCAGUAUACUGUGAUAAGGGUUGUAGGUGUAUAUCAGUAUACUGUGAAAAAGGUUGUAGGUGUAUAUCAGUAUACUGUGAGAAGGGUUGUAUGUGUAUAUCAGUAUACUGUGAGAAGGGUUGUAGGUGUAUAUCAGUAUACUGUGAGAAGGGUUGUAGGUGUAUAUCCAGUAUACUGUGAGAAAGGUUGUAGGUGUAUAUCAGUAUACUGUGAGAAGGGUUGUACGUGUAUAUCAGUAUACUGUGAGAAGGGUUGUAGGUGUAUAUCAGUAUACUGUGAGAAGGGUGAGUGGAACAGUUGGGGAUUGUGGGAAACGUGCACUCAUAGCUGUGACGGCGGUAUAAAGGUGCGGUGGCGAAGCUGUGGUGACACGAGCAACUGCCCCGAUGAAGAGAGAGUUGACUCAGAGCCAUGUAAUACGCAUGCGUGUCCAGUUAAUGGGGGCUGGUCGGAUUGGAGCUCGUGGUCAGACUGUUCAGCAACCUGUGGCGGCGAAGGAAACCAAACACGAAGUCGCAGGUGUAGUAAUCCUGCACCAAGUGCAGGCGGUACCGAAUGUCUGGGCGAUGUUAUAGAGAGUAUGUCUUGUAAUGAAGAACCAUGUCCAGUUAAUGGCGAUUGGUCAGUUUGGUCUGAAUGGACACGCUGCAACACGGCUUGUCGCCAGUAUCGUUACCGCACGUGUAAUAACCCGGUACCUGCGCAUGGGGGCGUCCUUUGCUUUGGUAAAGACACAGAAGAGCUCGAAUGUCUGAUAACUGAAUGCCCAGGUUGGAACCAUGGGGUCGGCAGAAUUUGGUUCGAGUACCAGCAGUGCGGCUUCCUGGAAAGAUUCACACCUCGUGGUGGGACAGUCGCAUCAGGUAAAGUCGAUGGCCAAUGGGGAGCGUGGACCACACUGUCCUGUUCCACCGAUUGCUUAGGCCAUAAAAUCAGAACGUGUGAUCACCCUCAACCGCUCCGUGGUGGUGCAGAUUGCGAUGGCAACAACGAAGUUCUUGGGGCACCGUGCACUGGUUUUAACUGCGUUACCAACGGCAAUGUCGGUCCACAGGAAGAAAAGCAGGACAAUACUGACUCACCGGACUUCGUAGCUAUUCUUGCCGGUGUUUUUGGUACAGCUGGACUUAUUACCUUCUCGUUAUGUCUGGGACUUUACAUAAGACGAUAUCAGUUACGAGGACAACGAGACAGAGCUGUUGAAGAACGAGAACGAUCAGUAGUAUAUCAGGAGGCGAUUGAGCUCAGCGUCAUACCAACUGGCAAGGUUUCUGGAGUUUCUGCAGUUGAACUGAGAAAACAAAGAGAGUUGAAGGCAAAACUGAAGAGUAAGAAACGUUAUGGCGAGAAAACACCGUUAAUGACAGCUCCAGGAAGUGUAUCCAGAAAACGAGGUGGCGCUUUUGAAGUUUCACGAGACCGAGUGGUCUUGGUAAAACCCCUGUCUGAUGGAAAAUAUGGGCAAGUAUGGACGGCCAAGGUAUGGGGUAUAUAUGGAAACGACGGAGAGACCAUGGUCGCUGCAAGGGUACUGCGGAAGGAUACGCCACAACAUGUCAUACACGGUUUACUUCAUCAGCUGAUGUUGCUGUCACAGAUAGAUACUCAUCCUAAUAUUGCUACGAUGAUUGGAUGCUGCACUACAUCCGAACCAUAUUACUUUAUGACGGAGUACGUCAAAAAUGGUGAUUUGCAGUCCUUUUUAGAGAACAAUUAUCCUGGUGAUACAAGUAACCAGAAAACGCUCAAGUCGCGUGAUCUCAUUACUAUGGCACUCCAGAUUGCCAGGGGAAUGGCGUAUCUUGCAAACAAAAGGGUGAUUCAUGGUAAUCUUACCACUAGCAACGUUCUUCUUGAUGAUGACAUGGUGUGUAAAUUAACCAACAUUGGAAGAGUUGAGAAUCCCGUGACACAGGCGCCAAUGAAAACAGACGACAACCUACGCUGGAUGUCACCUGAAACGAUUCGGACUGCUCGCUACACGACGUACAGUGAUGUGUGGUCAUUUGGUAUCGUGCUAUGGGAGAUUGUUAACUUCGGUGCCACGCCGUACCCAGGUGACUCGAACAGUAAAGUUAUAGCACGAGUGGAAAGAGGAGAGGUAAUGGUAAAACCAAAACAUUGUUCACAAGAACUAUACUACGUCAUGACUCGGUGUUGGAACGAUAGCCCCACACGACGACCAACAUUCAAUGAUUUAAUGAGGACAUUGGAUGAUAUGACAAACGACAUUGAAAAUACAAAUUAUAUAACAGUAGAAGACUUCGUCAAAGACGAAAGUAGCGGUAUUGACUCACAGUCAAAAUGCAUACCAUCAGUUGACGUAUAG